CACCAUGGCUCGCUGGGAGGUCCUGUGCUUUGCCUUGUGCUCCUACCUCGGGGUAGCACGGGCUGCAACCCUGGGUGUGGUGCUCACUGAGGGAGGUUUUGUGGAAGGCGAGAAUAAAAAACUGGGACUCUUCGAGGGCUCCGUCGACAUCUUCAGAGGGAUCCCCUUUGCUGCCCCUCCAAAGCCUCUGGAAGAUCCCCAACCUCAUCCUGGCUGGGAUGGAACGUUGCAGACAAAAACUUUCAAAAAACGCUGCAUGCAGACAACCCUCACACAAACUGAUGUCCGUGGGAGCGAGGACUGUCUCUAUCUGAACAUCUGGGUCCCUCAGGGGAGGAGACAGGUCUCUACCAAGCUGCCAGUGAUGGUGUGGAUCUACGGUGGAGCCUUCCUUCUGGGGGGGAGCCAGGGAGCCAACUUCCUCAAAAACUACCUCUAUGAUGGCGAGGAGAUCGCCGUGCGGGGCAACGUGAUCGUGGUGACCAUCAACUACCGCGUGGGGCCCCUGGGCUUCCUGAGCACUGGAGAUGAGAACAUGCCAGGGAACUACGGGCUGAAGGACCAGCACAUGGCUAUUGCCUGGGUGAAGAGGAAUAUCAGAGCCUUUGGAGGUGACCCAGAUAACAUCACCAUCUUUGGGGAAUCAGCUGGUGCCGUCAGUGUCUCUCUGCAGGUGUGUUGUCCAU